AAAAUGCGAGAUUUAGAAUUAUCAAUAAGCAGCGCAGGCACACCAAAUGCCAGAUGAUGUUGAUGAUGGCGAGAAAACCGGCAAGAGUAUUAUUUACCUUAGGAGUGUUCAUAUUCUGAAAAGAAGGCGGCUCUGAGGAUUUUACAUUUUGAAUUUGGUGAACGACGUCUAGUAACGGUACAUGAUGUCUUGUGACGGUGAAUGAUGUCUAGUGAUGCUGUAUGACGUCUAGUGACAGUGCAUGAUGUCUAGUGAUGGUGAUCACGAAUGAUGUCUUGUGAGGAUAAAUGACGUCUUUUGUGAUGGUGAAUGCCGUUUAGUGAUUGUGAAAGACUUUUCGUGAUGGUGAAGGACGUCCAUUGAUGUUGAAUGACAUCUAGUAAUGGUAAAUAAUGUCUAGUGAUGGUAAAUGACGUCUAGUAAUUGUGAAUGAUCUCUACUGAUGUUUAAUGAUGCCCAGUGAUUGUAAAGUACUGUAUGUCUAGUGAUGUUGAAUGACGUCUAGUGAUAACGUCUAGUGAUGACGAAUUGUCUAGUGAUGGUAAAUGAUGUGUGGUGACGGUGAAUGACGUCUAGUGAUGGCGAAUUAUGUUUAGUGACAGUGAAUUAUGUCUAGUGUUGGUGAAUUACGUCUAGUGAUGGUGAAUUACAUCUAGUGAUGGUGAAUGAUGUCUAGUGAUAGUGAAUUAUGUCUAAUGAUGGUUAAUUAUGUCUAGUGAUGGUGAAUUCUAUAGCAUGUUGCACUCAGAAUUCACUAAUUGGUCUUGGUCUCAAAUAUAUAGAAAUACCAAAGUCAUUAAAAGCGAAAAAUAUGCAGCGCGAAAAAAGUUUCCUUAAAAGGUCAUGCAUACCAUAUAUGGUCCAAGCAACCCCAUAAGCCUAGGCGCCAGUACCGAGCCGGCGGCCAUUUUCACUUUGCAAGUGGAUGUUUUUAGCCAUUAUGGAUGAUGAAAAUGUGUCUCAUCACGGGUCUACGGGCUCGGAAAAUGGUGACAAGUCGCCUGCAUCCCCAAGGAGAUCGUUUAAUGGCGAUUCUACGCUGGAGGAGGGCAAACUAACCGGCCCCUCUCAGGAUCAGUCGGCCUUGCAAGAAACCCGUUUGUCGUUGAACGGCUUCCCGCCUAGUUCAAACCAACAGCAAACCGGCCGAAAGAGAUCCUACGCAGCAAGCCUGCUCAGCGUUGCAGCUCCUAGCUGCCUUACUGUCAGGGAUAUGGAACCUUUGAGCAAAGUCGCUAAGGUCUCCGAAGGCGGUUCUGCCGAUCCCUUUGCCUCAGCCUUAUUGGCGGCAAAAGACGAAGCGAAGAAACACGGUUCUAAAGUGACAGUAGUUGAUGAAAUUCCUCCGCCUUCUGGCUCAACAAAUACUCGAUAUUGUAUGUGGAAUAUCGAUAAAGAACUCAAGGAAAUCAUUGAUAUUUAUUUCCGAUCGUGCAUGGAGGACAAGGCUCAUAGCGAACUCGUCAAACAAUUUCCUAAGCCCGACGUUCCCGCUCUCCAUGUUCCAGAGCUUGAUAAAUGGCUUGUCCUUAUUCAAGGUAAGCAGUCUCUAGCUAAUCUUCGCUGGGAACAGGAUCUCCAAGUGACGGAGAGAAAUUAUAUGGAUGCAGCUGGUCCACUUUGCAUCCUUCUCCAGCAUUUGAAAAGGGACCCACAGGCUGUACAGGUCGGUGAGGCAAUCAACCUGGUUCUCAAAAGCCUUCGCUUGCUGGGACAUGCUGUGGCUACUGUUAACAAACAUAGACGUCAGGAUAUUGUUAAGUCCACACAUAUCACCGACAUUACUGAGCUCGGUAAGCGCUCUGAUUCUAUGCAGAAGUUCCUGUUUGGUGAAUCUAAAGCCAAGGAACUUAACUUUGUUGGUGAACUGGCUGAAAAAGUCUCUAAAGCCAUCCAGCCUCAAAGCAAGAAAAACCAGUUCAAAAAGAAAUCUUCUAGAGGCAAUAGUUCAUCAAACACCCAUGGGCAGAAUGACCACUCCUCUCACCAAGCCCAUUCGCCUUCUGGAAAUCAAAGCAGUGAAAGCUUUAAUAGGAAGAGGCCUUACAAUAACAACCGGCCUUUUCGGAGGGCCCCCUCCCAAGGGAAGCCUUACCUGGGAGGGGUGGACCAAAGGCUUGCGUCCGAACAGAAGUCCAACAAGCAGCCCUCACAAACUCCCAACAGAAACUACAUGCAGGGGAAACAAAGGAAAUGGAAUUCUUAGGUGUUCUGGUCAGCUCCAUUCACAUGAGCUUUUCCCUCCCGGAAAGCAAAGUCCUGAACCUCCGGAACGACUGCAGAAGACUUCUAAAUUCCAGGACUGCCUCACAGUCAGAUCUAGCACGCUUAAUUGGCAAAAUGAUAGCAGCAAAAGUAGCACUUUUCCAGGCUCCACUCCAUUACAGGGCACUUCAACACCAGAAGAGCUCCUUAGACCACCAGGGAGUCCCCCUCCAUCAGAAGGUAAUUCUAGACAUAGAAGCUAUGUUAGACCUGGAAUGGUGGGUAGCCAACCUGGCCACAACCAACUCCAGACCAGUGAAGCCUCUCCUUCCAGACCUGCUAAUCCAGUCGGAUGCUUCAGGGUCGGGCUGGGGGGCUGUGUG